AUGGAACAAAAGGCGAAACUAUCAGUGACCACGUCUGACUCGGACGAGUCCAAGCGAGACGACACCCCGGAGCCAUGGCAAUCGAGUAUCUCGGAAAAGCACACUCUGAACAUGGUACCGGAUGACAGUUUGCUCGACUCACUCCAGGGUACAGAGAAUGUGCAGAAGAUCGUACGAGAAGGGGUGUUGCUCGCCACCGGGGCUGCAGCCAUCCUCCUGCAAGUUGCCAUGCCCGGUGUUGCCAAGGGCGUCGACAAUCACAGCAGCUUUGCGUACCGCCCACUACACCGUCUGCGGACCACGUUGACCUUCGUCUACUGCAUGGCGUUCGGCACGAAGGACGAAAAGCGCGCGAUUAUCUCCCUGGUCAAUCGUGCCCACGCCGAGGUCAAUGGGCCAGGAUAUUCGGCGGAUGACCCGGAGCUUCAGAUGUGGGUGGCAGCCACCUUGUAUGCCAGCGGCAUCUUCAUGUACGAGGAAGUCUACGGCGCCAUGGAGCCUCGUAAGGCUGAUCUGAUCUAUCGAGAAUACUCAGUCCUGGCGCGGUCGCUGCGUGUGCCGCUCGAGAUCUGGCCCAAGGACCGGAAGGCCUUCUGGCGCUACUGGGACAAGACGGUGGCCAACCUAGAAGUUACCGACCACGCCCGCAACAUCGCCCAGGACCUGCUGUACAACAAGGAGUUGUUCCUCCCACUGCGUAUGGGCCUGCCCUUCGUGCGAUUGAUGACAGCUCAGAUGCUGCCCCAGCGUCUGCGCAUGGAGUAUGGUAUGAGCGAUGGUCGUCUGCGGCGUUCAAUCUAUAAAUCCGUGAUCCUAGGAGCCAAGAUCGCCUACCCGAUUAUCCCGCGCUUUAUCCGGACCAUUCCCAUGAAAUACUACAUGAGGGACAUGCGUCGUCGGCUGAGAAGGAUGGCCUAA